AUGGGUCAAUCACGACGCCCGCAAGGCGGGGAAAAGAAGAGUCGAUUCGGGCGCUCUAAAGGAGCUGCUGAUAUUGGCGAUGGCCGACAAUCCGGCAAGCCGCAGGUCAAAAAGGCCACCUUUGAAACCUCAAAGAAGAAGGAGAUUGGAGUUUCGGACUUGACACUGCUGAGCAAGAUCUCUAAUGAAGCGAUCAAUGACAACUUGAAAAUGCGAUUCGAACAUGGCGAGAUUUAUACCUAUAUCGGCCAUGUUUUGGUCUCGGUCAAUCCAUUCCAAGACCUGGGUAUUUACACCGAUAAGGUGCUCGAUUCCUACCGCGGCAAGAACCGUCUCGAAGUUCCCCCUCACGUAUUCGGAGUCGCAGAGUCGUCAUACUACAACAUGAAAUCCUACAAAGAUAACCAGUGUGUCAUUAUUUCGGGCGAGUCCGGUGCUGGAAAGACCGAGGCCGCUAAGCGGAUCAUGCAAUAUAUCGCCAGUGUCUCUGGGGGCGGCGACUCGUCAAUCCAACAGACCAAAGAUAUGGUGCUGGCCACGAACCCUCUAUUAGAGUCAUUUGGCAAUGCCAAGACACUACGCAACAACAACUCGUCUCGGUUCGGUAAAUACUUGGAACUCGAGUUCAAUUCCAACGGUGAGCCCGUCGGCGCCAACAUCACAAACUACCUGUUGGAGAAGUCGCGAGUUGUCGGUCAGAUCACCAACGAACGAAACUUCCACAUUUUCUACCAAUUCACCAAGGGUGCACCCCAAAAGUAUCGAGACAGCUUCGGUAUUCAACAACCGCAAUCCUAUCUAUACACGAGCCGGUCGAAAUGUUUCGAUGUACCCGGAGUCGAUGAUUUGGCCGAAUUCAAGGAUACGUUGGAUGCGAUGCAGAUGAUUGGCAUGAGCGAGGCGGAGCAAGACAAUGUUUUCCGCAUGCUAUCUGCAAUUUUGUGGAUCGGCAAUGUUCAGUUUACCGAAGAUGACUCCGGCAAUGCUGGUAUUACAGACCAGUCUGUGGUAGAUUUUGUCGCAUAUUUAAUGGAGGUCGAUGCCGAGCAAGUAAACAAGGCCUUGACCAUUCGUUUGAUGGAGACUGCUCGCGGAGGUCGCAGAGGUUCUGUCUACGAAGUCCCACUUAACACUGUGCAAGCACUGGCCGUUCGGGAUGCUUUGGCGAAGGCGAUUUACUUCAAUCUCUUUGACUGGAUUGUGGCUCGUGUCAACCAGUCCUUGGCUGCUCGUGGGUCCGUUGCCAACUCCAUUGGUAUUCUGGAUAUCUACGGAUUCGAGAUUUUCGAAAAGAAUUCCUUUGAACAACUCUGCAUUAAUUAUGUCAACGAGAAACUACAGCAAAUUUUCAUUCAGUUAACCUUGAAGGCAGAGCAAGAUGAAUAUGCCCGUGAACAGAUCAAGUGGACUCCUAUUGACUACUUUGACAACAAAGUGGUGUGUUCUUUGAUCGAGGACAAGCGUCCUCCUGGUGUUUUCGCUGCGCUGAACGACGCCUGUGCCACCGCUCACGCCGAUUCUGGUGCUGCUGAUAACACUUUUGUUGGUCGUCUGAACUUCCUUUCUCAAAAUCCCAACUUCGAAGGUCGCCAAGGCCAAUUCAUUAUCAAGCAUUAUGCUGGUGACGUGAGUUACGCCAUCGAGGGAAUGACCGAUAAGAACAAGGAUCAGUUGUUGAAGGAUCUUUUGAACCUGGCUGGAUCCAGCAGCAACGAGUUUGUUCAUACUCUCUUCCCCAACCAGGUGAACCAGGAUGAUAAGCGUCGCCCACCCACGGCAGGCGACAAAAUCAAGGCCUCUGCCAAUGAUCUGGUUGCCACGCUGAUGAAGGCGCAACCCUCUUACAUCCGGACUAUUAAGCCUAACGAUAACAAGGCUCCUAAAGAGUACAAUGUCGGCAAUGUGUUGCAUCAAAUCAAGUAUCUUGGUCUUCAAGAGAACGUGCGCAUUCGUCGCGCUGGCUUUGCUUACCGUCAAACUUUCGACAAGUUCGUUGAGCGAUUUUACCUGUUGUCUCCCAAAACCUCGUACGCUGGUGACUACACAUGGACUGGCGAUUCAGAAUCCGGUGCCAAGCAGAUUUUGAAGGAUACCAGCAUCCCACCAGAAGAGUACCAGAUGGGUAUUUCAAAGGUCUUUGUGAAGACACCCGAAACUCUCUUUGCCCUCGAGACCAUGCGUGAUCGCUACUGGCACAAUAUGGCCAUUCGCAUCCAGCGCGCUUGGCGUAACUACCUUCGGUACCGUAUUGAGUGCGCCAUCCGCAUUCAGAGGUUCUGGCGCCGUAUGACCGGAGGCUUGGAGUUCAUCAAAGUACGUGACCAGGGGCACAAAAUUCUUCAAGGCCGCAAGGAGCGUCGACGAAUGAGUAUUCUCGGCUCUCGUCGCUUCCUUGGUGAUUACCUUGGUGUGGGCAACAACGGUGGUCCCGGUGAGAUGAUUCGCAGCGGCGGCAACAUCAGCAGCUCGGAAGAGGUUCUCUUCUCUUGCCGCGGAGAGGUGUUGGUGUCCAAGUUCGGUCGUUCCAGUAAACCAGUCCCUCGAAUCCUUGUGUUGACCAACCGGCACGUGUACAUUGUGGCCCAGGGAAUUGUUAACAACCAACUGGUCAUUUCGUCUGAACGCACUGUCCCGCUUGGAGCGAUCAAGGCCGUUAGCACGUCGAACCUGAAGGAUGAUUGGUUUUCAUUGGUAAUUGGAGCCCAAGAACCAGAUCCGUUGGUGAACUGCGUUUUCAAGACCGAGUUCUUCACUCACCUAAGCACUGCUCUACGCGGAUCCUUGAACCUGAAGAUCGGAGACAGUAUUGAGUACAACAAGAAGCCUGGUAAGUUGGCCAUGGUCAAGACUGUCAAAGACCCAGGGUCCAGCAAUGUCGACAGCUACAAGAGUAGCACGAUUCACACAACUGCUGGCGAGCCGGCUAGCUCCGUUUCCAAGCCCACCCCACGACCGAAGCCGGUUGCUGCCCGGCCAGUCACCAAGGGCAAGCUGCUCCGCCCUGGUGGCCCAGGAGGUGGUCAGUCGAAGCUCUCUGCUGCUGCUCGUAGACCUGUACCUGCUGCACAGCCCUUGCCUCAAUCGACACCCCGACCUGCCCCUGCCCCACAACCAGCCGCACAACCCCGGGUGGUUCCCGUUCCUCAGCCGGUCGCUGCUACUCGGGCCUCACACUCCCACACCUCUUCUACGAGCUCCGUAAGAGCUCCUCCCCCUCCCCCUCCAACCGCACCUCCUGCCUCCAAGAAACCCACCGCCAAGGUCCUGUACGACUUUAACAGCGACCGUGCAAACGAACUUUCCAUCAGAUCCGGCGACGUUGUGCAGAUUGUAUCGAAAGAAGGAAACGGAUGGUGGCUAUGCAUGGACACAGCAACCUCUACCCAAGGCUGGGCGCCUGAAGCCUACCUAGAAGAACAAGUAGCCGCAACUCCCAAACCCGCACCCCCUCCUCCCCCCGCUGUCGCUCCUCGACCAAUGCCUACCCCUGUCUCUAAUGGAGGCGGAGCUGCUGUGGUCGCCGCGAAGAGCAAACCUGCUCCACCCGCACCCCCUGUCAAGCGACCCAACAUGGCUGGCCGGAAACCUGCCCCUCCCCCUGCCCCUCGUGACAGUGCUGUCAGCAUCAACUCCGGCGACUCAUCUGGAGCAAGUGGCCGCGGUACUCCGAAUAGCACCUCCAACGCCAGUUUGGCUGGUGGCUUAGCGGAGGCACUGCGUGCCCGGCAAAAUGCGAUGCAGGGGAAGCAUGAUGACGAUGACUGGUAG